AUGCGUAUUGAAGGAGAUGAUUUGAAUAAUUCUUANAAAUCUGAUAACUAUGUUGGCUUAGCCUUUGUUUGCCAAAAUGAAAUUGUGGCAGAACAAAUAGCACCAAAUUCUUCCAUCUUUUCUGCGGAGUUGCAGGCUAUUUAUUCAGCCCUAAAGUAUAUAAAUAGGAAAGGUCAUCGUUGCUGCGUGAUUUACACUGACUCAGUUAGUGCACUUCAGGCUUUGAUCUCGUAUGAACCUAGUUCUCACUCCAUAGUUAUUAAAAUUCAGAAACUAAUUUGUCAUCUCCUUGCAAGGGAUUUCUCUAUAAAAUUUUGUUGGGUCCCAGGCCACGUAGGAAUAAGAGGAAAUGAAGAAGCUGAUGCAGCUGCUAAGUCAGCAAGUCCUUCUCAGCAUACAAUGCGUAUUGAAGGAGGCGAUUUGAAGCUAGUAGUUAAAAAACAACUAGCAGAGAGAUGGCAAAUUAUGUGGAACGCACAAAUCCACAAUAAACUACACGAGAUCAAACCUUUGAUAGAAAAUUGGACACAUAAUAGGCAGUAUGAUAGAUCUGAGGUUGUCCUUACUCGUUUGAGAAUUGGACACACUCGACUGACCCACCAAUACCUUUUGAAGGGAGAUGACGAACCAGUAUAUCAGUACUUCAACUGUACUGUAAGUGUUAAACACAUAUUUUGCAACUGUGUUGCUUUUGAUCAGAGUCGUAGACAGCAUUUCGGAAAUGCAAGCUUUAGAGAGAUCUUGGGGCAGCGGCCAAAUCUGCACAAUAUAGUGAACUUUCUGAAAGUCAAUAAUAUGUAUAUAGAGAUUUGA